UUGAACGAAGACGUACUGGUGAGCUCUUCUACUCGUGCUUGGUCGACGUCCAUGGUUUGGUCGAGAGAGCUCGGACGUCUGCGUGCCCGAGUGUGUUUGCCGCUGGCGGGAAACCACGUGGCGGUCAGUUGGCUCGGUCAGUGGCACCCCCGACCGAAAGCAUCUGAAAUUCUGAAUACUGUAUGCGCAUGCUGCCGUUUCACGAAAGCGGUUGGAUAUAAUACGGUUUGGUACUCUCUGUCUCUUCUCCCUUCAUAAUUCGUCGCUGUUGAGCAUGUCUUUUCCCAUCAGCCUUCCUCAGGGCAAGCCUCUGGUCACAGUCACCCACCCUACAAACGCUCUCUGGGUGCUUGAGCUACACAAUGGAGACGACAGCAGAUUAACUCAUGAUCUUAUUGGCAAGGCAUUUUUGCCUGCCUUGGACGAGGUCGAACGCAGCUGGAGACAACAGUGGCGCGAAGCACAGCAAACCGAGGGCAAGGAAGGUGGGCGUGGUGCACUCGUCCUUGUUGGCAACAGGAAACAGAACAAGUUUUUCAGUAAUGGCUUGGACUACGAGAAUUCGACGAAGGACCCGCUCUUCUUCCCCAAACUCUAUGACCCCAUGCUUCACCGGCUUCUCACCUUCCCGAUUCCGACCAUUGCCGCUCUCAACGGCCACACGUUUGCCGGUGGCUUCAUACUGGCGCUCUGCUGCGAUUAUCGGGUCAUGACUGAUGGGAGCAAGCGCAAUGCCUGGAUGUGUAUGAACGAAGUGCACUUCGGCGCUGCUUGGCCGUACCCGUUCGGUCUCAUCGUCCAGGCCAAGGUUACAGAUGCGCAGACAGUGCGAAAGAUCGCACUUGAGGGCUACCGCUUUACUCCCCAGGAGGCUUUGAAAUGCGGCUUGGUUGAUCACAUCGUGCAAGGUGACACCGAAGCUGUUCUGCACAAGGCGCAAGAAGUUGCUACCAUCGUCGGGGCGCAGGCUCAGAGCGGUGCAUGGGGAAUAAUCAGAAGCGAUGUCUACGGUGAGGCCGUUAAGGCGCUCCGUCGAAGUGGCGAGUUCAAGCGAAGGAGUGUUGCCUUGGAGGACGCAGAGGCCAAGGCUCGACUGUGACAUUGAGAACCUACCGCCUUGUAGCAUUUGAUAUACCGAACCUAUGGACGGAUUCAUCGAGAUGGAAUGGUAAUACACAUACUUCUUGGGCCUUCUUCAGUGAUGAAAACUAUUUGCAUGGUGACGUCGUUCACUACAUCAGCUUUUUGUCGUUGGGAUCGUCUGUGAUGUGUUAGUUGUGCUCUGAUACCGCCAUCGUCGCUAGCGAUACCCAGACGACUUUGAAAAUGGCCAGGCCGAACUUCGGCAUCUGC